AUGUUCGCCAAGUCCAUCCUCGCUACCGUCAGCCUUGCUGGCCUCGCCCUCGCCGGUGCCACCCCCAAGGCCGUCUGUGCCAGCAACCAGCAGAUUGUCUGCUCUGGUAACGGAAACGGAGGUCUGAUUACUCUUGGCAACGUCCUUCCCGGAGCUCUUGGUGACUCUUGCUCUGGCGGCGACGUCUACUGCUGCGACUCUUCCGCUAUCAACCAGGUCGGCCUCGUCAACCUCGACGUCAACGCCCAGUGCUCCCUCAACCACCUUCUGUAA